GCCUCCUGCUCUGCGGCGUCGUCCUGGGCUGGGGAGGUGCCAACGUCUUGCACCCGUUAAGGAGAGGGCAAAGAGAGGGGAUGAGGGUUGUGCAGCCCCGGAUAAGAAGCCGGAGCUGGGCUCCUGCUCUUGCUGGAGCCCCCUGGGGAGAGGAGCUUUGCUGGGGAGCAACCUGGGGCGAGAACCUCCCUGGUCCUGCUGCGCUCUCCCUGCUUUCCUUGCCCGUGCUGGGCUUUGUGUGCUGGUGCUUGCUGCCGCUGUGGCUGGAGCUGCUCCCGGGAUGGAUUGGAGCUUGGGCAAGCGCCUCCUCCUCCAUACCCCCAGCUCUCGUUGUGGCAGCAGCCCUGGGACAGGGAGAAGGUGCCAGACCCAGGCUGACAGUUGAAGAACACCACAGUUCUCCAUGUGGCUGCAGAAACCCUGGGAGCUACCGUCCCGCCGCCGCAUGGGCAGGCUCCGGCCACGCUCCUCCCUCGGUGCCUCUCGCUUCUCCUCCAUCAGCUCCCCCCCCCCCUCUCCGGGGGCCUCUCAGAUGUUGCAUCUUCCCUUGCCAAACCUCCGUCUCGCUCUGAUCGGUGCCUGCGGUGCGCUCCUCGCCGCCUUCUUCCUCUCCCUGCGCGAGGAAGCCUCUGCGCCGCCGCGGCCACGCGCGGCCGAAGGACGCGGUCAUGCUUCCCGGCGCUCGCGGAGAUGCUGAGCUCCAGGAGGGAGCAGAACCGCAGGGGAGAGGGUCCCACGGCGAGGAGAAGCCAGUUGCAGGCCUGCCGCUGUGCAGGAAGCUCUGCUAUGCCGUCGGGGGCAUCCCCUACCAGAUGACAGGCAACGCCCUGGGGUUUUUCCUCCAGAUCUUCCUGCUGGACGUCGUGCAGCUGGAGCCGUUCCAUGCCUCUCUGAUCCUUUUCCUUGGAAGAGCCUGGGACGCGGUGACUGACCCCGCUGUUGGCUUCCUGGUCGGCAAGAGCCCCAGGAGAAAAUACGGCAAGCUGAUCCCGUGGAUUGCGUGCUCCACGCCACUCGGGGUGCUGUGCUACUGCAUGAUGUGGUCCACCCUCGCGGACGGCGCCCCCGUCUCCCUGAAAUUCCUGUGGUACCUGUUCACGUACAACUUCUUCCAGAUUUGCAUGACUUGCUACCACGUGCCCUACUCUUCCCUAACGAUGUUCCUGGGAGGAACCCAGAGGGACCGAGACUCGGCCACCGCCUACAGAAUGGGGAUGGAGGUGUUCAGCACGCUGCUCGGCUCGGGGAUCCAGGGGCAGAUGGUGGGCGCUUACCACGGCCGCAUGACGAACGGCUGCUUCGUUGGGAACGGGACCCUGCCCAACAGCAGCACCCCCAGCCUCACGGGCUCGCUGGAGGGCACGCGCAGAGCCUACGUGUCUGCCUCCCUGGUCCUGGGCUCCAUCUACUGCCUCUCCUGUCUGAUUCUCGUUUUCGGGGUCAGGGAGCAGCCGGGGCCCCUCAGCCCCCUGGGGAAGGUCGGGCUGCCCUUCACGAGCUGCCUGCGGAUGAUCGUGGGACACAAGCCCUACACCCAGCUGCUCUGUGGCUUCCUCUUCGCGUCCCUGGCCUUCCAGGUCAUGCAGGGGAUUUUUGCUUUCUUCUGUACUCACGCCGCGGGGCUGGCCGGGAAGUUCCAGCAUUUGGUGCUCGUCAUGCUGGUCACAGCUUCCCUCUCUAUCCCCCUCUGGCAGUGGUUUUUGGGGAGAUUUGGGAAGAAAACGGCAGUGACGCUGGGCCUGGCGAUGAUCAUCCCGGCCCUGGUGGCCAUCACCCAGGUGAGCCACAACUUCCCGGCCUUCGUCCUCCUGAUGGUGGUGGCAGGCUGCAGCACCGCCGUGCUCUACCUCCUGCCCUGGUCCAUGCUGCCCGACGCCGUGGAUGACUUCAUGCUGAGGAACCCCAGCUGCCUCAACCUGGAGGCUCUCUUCUACUCCUUCUACGUCUUCUUCAACAAGUUUGCGGGCGGCCUUGCCGUGGGGAUCUCGACGCUGGGUUUACAUUUCGCAGGUUACCACGCCGGAGACUGCACGCAUAACCCCUCCGUCACCCUUGCCCUGAAGCUUCUCAUGGCCCCGGUCCCGAUCACGCUGCUGCUCAUUGCCAUAACCAUCUUCUGCCUCCAUCCCAUCAACGAGGAGCGGAGGAAGCAGAUGAGGAUGGAGCUGGAGGCGAUGGGCAGGCGUCAGGCGCGGCAGGGCAGCUCAGAGCACCGCCAGGGCUGAAUCGGCUCUCCGGUCCGGUGCACACUGGCAGGAUCUGAGCAAAUUGCUCCCCGGUUGGGCGCUGAAUUAAUCUGAAGCCUCGAGCCUCGCAGCACAGCUUCGCCAUGGGUGGGGGAGAUCGUGUGUUAGAGAUGCGUCAGGGCAUCUGCAGGAUCAUCACAGCAGUCCAGACUCAGAGUAAUUUCUCAGAAGCACAAAGUGCUUCCUUUUUCCUUUAUUAUUUUUUUUUACUUUUUUGUUUUGCUUUUUAGAGUGUAAAGGAUGUUUCUUGGGAGCGCCCGAGUCCACGGCCGGGUGCUGGAGCGUGCUGCCCUCUGCCACCGCAUUGCUUUCCAGCCUUGCUGCCUGCAGAUUGACCAAGGAGCAAGAAAGAGCCUUCGGACGACGAGGCAACGCUCCGCUUGCUGGGGUUUUAAAGUCCCGCAGCAGGCAUGAAUUACGUUCCAAGGCACACGUUCCUUGGGCCAGAGGCGUGGGCUGAUGGGGGGCUCCCACCCCGCAGCACGUGCGGGCUCCGGGCUCCUGCAGCGCGGGACCCAACGCGGUGCAGAGCUGCAGCGCCCGUUGUCCGGGGAGGUACUUCCCCCCAAAAUGUCUCAUUUAUUUUUCACGCUAUUAAAUCUGAGUGAUCACG